GCUGAUUCUUCCAUAAACAUGACAAACCACACCAUGGUGACAGAAUUCACCUUGCUGGGCAUCCCUGAGACAGCAGGCCUGGAGAAGGUCCUGCUCUUCCUGUUCUCAGCACUGUAUGCCUGUGCCCUCCUGGGGAACUUGCUCAUCCUUACUGCAGUCAUCUCCUCCCAGCGACUCCACACACCCAUGUACUUUUUCUUGGGAAACCUCUCCAUCUUUGACUUGGGUUUCUGUUCCACAACAGCUCCAAAGAUGUUGUCAUAUCUUUCAGGACAGGGUAGAGGGAUUUCUUUCCAGGGCUGUGUUGUACAACACUUCUUCUAUCAUUGUCUGGGUUGCACAUUGUGCUUCCUAUACACAGUGAUGGCCUAUGACCGCUUUGUUGCCAUUUGCUUCCCUUUGAGAUACACGGUCAUCAUGAACCACAGAGUGUGCUGUGUCUUGGCCACAGGGACCUGGAUGAGCGGCUGUGUGCACUCCAUUAUCCUCACGUCCCUCACUUUCCAGUUGCCCUACUGUGGCCCCAGUGAGGUGGGCUAUUACUUCUGUGACAUGCCUGCAGUGUUACUACUGGCCUGUGAGGACCCCUCUCUAGCACAGAAGGUAGGCUUUACAAACGUUGGUCUUUUAUCUCUCAUUUGUUUUUUUCUCAUCGUUGUGUCCUACACUCGAAUUGGCAUCUCCAUCUUAAAAAUCCGCUCAACAGAAGGCAGGCGGAAAGCCUUCUCCACCUGCAGUGCCCACCUCACUGCCAUUAUCUGUGUUUAUGGACCAGUCAUCAUCAUCUACCUGCAGCCCAGUCCCAGCCCAUUGCUUAGUGCAAUUAUUCAGAUUUUGAACAAUCUUGUGACACCCACACUCAACCCAAUGAUCUACAGCCUGAGGAAUAAAGAAGUAAAAGUGGCCCUCAGGCAUGUAUUUUUUAAGAGAUGUCUCAGUCUUGAAAAUAAAUGAAAACAUCUAAAUUUUUGCUGAAUAAAGUUUUAUUCACCAUUUAAUAGGACAGGUUUGAAUCUCCAACUUAUUUUAUAAGACAAAUUGGUAUCCAUAACA